GUUUACUCUUUCUCACUCCUUAAAAUCAUCUUCUUUUUUCUCUUUCUUUCUAUUUUGAUUUAUUCCUCCACAAUUUACCUACUACUUGUUCAUCUCUCCCUUUGAUUCCUCCCUUUUCUCUGUUUCUCUCUCUUUGUUUUUGGUAUUCGCCAUUCUCGCCUUAACCUCCUGCUGGACGCUGCAUCUAAAGGUCAUCGAGCUUGCACAAAAUGGUUUUUUUCUUCAAAAACAUAGCCGAGGAGUCCGAAGCUUCUUUGGAACAGGACAUUACUAAGUGCCCUUUCUUGCAGAACAUCAAUGAGCCCACUAGUUUCUCCUUCUCCUCAUCAAUGGCUUUCCCAAUGCCUGUACUAGGAGCUAAAGGUCCGAUUUUCGAGGAUGGUCCAAAUUUCGACUUGGCAUUCAGUGUUUUCCAUGGCCAAAAUGGUGUUGUCCCGCUUUCUAGAAGAUCAACCAUGCAUUCUGAGAAGUUAGUAUCUGAACCAGCGACGCCUCAAUUUUGUCCUUUAGCAGCGAAGGCAGCCACCAUUAGUCUCUCAGCUUUUGGACCCGGAGGCCCCUUUGGCUUCGAUGCAUUUUCUCAGAAAUUGAAGAAUCAGCAAAGAAAAUCCAAUCCAUCCAAGAAAGAAACUUCUUCACAGGGAGGAGAAUCGAUGCACGAGGCAACAAGCAACGAGUGGUUAGAAACAGGGAAUUGUCCGAUAGCAAAGUCAUACCGGGCAGUGAGUCACGUCCUCCCACUUGUGGCAAAGGCUCUUCAACCACCUCCAGGCAUGAAAUUCAAGUGCCCACCAGCCAUUAUUGCAGCCCGGGCAGCUCUUUCACGAACCGCCUUUGCAAAAACACUCCGACCCCAACCCCUCCCCUCAAAAAUUCUCGUGAUUGGAGUACUGGGCAUGGCUGCAAACAUUCCGUUAGGGAUUUGGAGGGAACACACUCGGAAAUUUUCGCCAUCAUGGUUUGCAGCUGUCCAUGCAGCUGUUCCAUUCAUUGCUAUGAUUAGGAAGUCCGUGUUGAUGCCUAAGACCGCUAUGGCGCUUACCAUUGCAGCAUCGGUAUUGGGACAGGUUAUCGGAUCUAGGGCAGAGCGACAACGGUUGGAGGCAGUUGCUGCAAGAAAAUUACCUCUUACAGAAACUUCAGUUGGUUGUUCUAGUCAGUCACAAGUUCCUCUUUCACAUGAUAGGGCCAUCAUUAUCGGCUGAAAAUGUGUGCUACUGCUAACAUUUUAGUAGUCUGUGAGAUAUUGUAUCAUACAGUGUUUUGCAAAGUAAUUGCUUUCAUUUUUUAUUUCCAUUUUGGCCAUUUGAAAGACCUGAUGUCAGGAAUUGAAGGAAAAUACAUGGAGAUCGAAUAUUCUUUUAA